AAAACUAUGCCUCAGUGGCUGGUCAUUGGUAUUUCGGGUGUCACCUGUGGUGGCAAAACUACAUUGGCACACAAGUUACGCGAUUAUUUUAUGAACCAGCGUAACAUUCAAUUGUGGAAUACGCCAUAUACUAUCAGUGAUGUUCAGUUGAUAUCUCAAGACGAUUAUUUUCUUCCCGUUGAUGAUUUGCGACACAAAUGGGUCGAACCACUGAAUGCUAUAAAUUUUGAACUCAUUACAUCGUUGGAUAUGAAGCAAAUGAUUUCUGAUAUUACGUGGACAAUGAAGGGUCGUUAUUUGGCCAGUGAUCCCCUUGAAAAUGUUGAUUUCUCCAACGAAAUGGCCCCAUACAGUGGUACAUUUGAACACUUUACAGGUUCGCAAAAUCAACAUUAUGGAAACCCAUACGUUGGAGCGCACCUUUCCACACACCUCAGCAAUAUGCCACAUUUGUCAGCUAAACCCCAACAUAAUAAACAUCAUCUACAACAACACCAGCAGCAACAUCAACCGCAACAGCAUUACCACAACCACCACCAUCAUCAGCAUCAACACCAUCACAACAGCAUGAGUAACCAGAGUCAUCAGCACGCAGCCCAUAUUAUGCGUGUCAAUUCGCAAAUGGUUGCGCAAUUACGCGACAACAAAGUCAACAUUCUAAUUAUUGAGGGAUUUAUGAUUUUUAAUCAACCCGAGUUACUCACUCUGUGCAACAUUAAAUUUCACUUCCAUCUGCCGUAUGAGAAAUGUUUCGAGCGUCGACGCAAGCGUACCUAUGAUCCUCCAGAUGUUACUGGCUAUUUUGAGAUGUGCGUAUGGCCGCACUAUGAAAAGAACUUUAUGGAUUUUCGCGAUCGUAAAGAUAUCACAUUUUUGAAUGGAGAAAUAAGCAAAGAAAAGAUUUUUAAAUUUGUUCUACAGCGUAUUGUCCAAUAUUUUGAAGAACGUUGCGAUGUGGCCUGUCCACCGCCCCACAAACUUUUAGGAAUUCCAAGUUGCAGCAAUGGCAACAUUACUACCAGUCCAAAGUUGCAAACAUGUCCAAUGGAACAACAAUAAGAAUGCCGUUUUAAUUAUUUUAUGACUAUACGACAUAUACGAGGGAGGCUUAAUUUCGAAUAUACCUCGUUUCCAAUUCGGUAUCAUAAAAUCAAUUUUAUUUAAUUUAAUUUGAUGAUGUAAUUAUUUUAAAUAUCGUUAGGAUCUUUUUUUAAGCAGUUGCACAUACAUACAUGUAAUAUGUAAAUAUGUAUAGUUUCUCUCUUAAUUUAUUUAUAUAGAUUUAAAUGUAUAUACACAUACAAUAUAUGAAUAGAAUUAUAUAUAAUAUAUACUACUACACAAAUACUGGAAAUAAACUAUAAUCGGAAAUGUUUAUGUUAUAAGUUGAAAUCGAA